CUGCAGCGGCCAUUCGCUGCCCAACGUCAUGGGCUCUCCCGCGCGCUCGCUUCUCCUGCUGGCCGCCUUGGCCCUGGCCAUUAGCUCCGUGCUCAGCGCGAAGUCGGGCAUGUCGCAGCGCCUGGUGGGCGGCCUCAUGGACGCUGACAGCGGCGACGUGGACGUGCAGCGGAUGUUAAGCUUCGCCAUGCGCGAGUACAACAGGUUCAGCAAAGAAAAGUUCCUGCACCGCCCCGUGAGGCUACUGAGUGCUCGCAAGCAGGUCGUGGCUGGGAUGAACUACUUUUUGGAGGUGGAGAUCGGUAAAACCAUAUGUACCAUGGAUGAGGCCAAGGACUAUGGCUGGUUCAGAUGUCCCUUUGAUGAACAGAAGGAGAAAAGACGCUGCAGUUUCAUGGUACACAACAAGCCUUGGCUGAAUGCAACCACCCUGAUGAACACCAGCUGCCACUAAACUUGGACCCCCUGAGUUUGCUUCCAGGCUUUAGAUGUAUGACUCCCCUGGUGGAAGUCCCCUACGAAUACUAGACCCAGAAUACACAAAGAAUGCCUCUGGAACACUUUUUGAAAAACUAAAUAGCUCUAACUUUAAGUCUGUUUUCAUUGCUUUCCAAAUGCCGAAGUGCACAUGCUCUGCACACAAUAAAAAGUAACAUCUUG